AUGGGUUACGGAUGGGCGAUCUUCGAAGGCAUUCUGGUGAUUGGAUCCUUGUGUCUCUUAGGAUCGGCCGGUCUCUGGUUCCUCAACCGUCGUCUCUACAAGGAGUACGAAGAGAAACGAGCCUUGGUUCAGAUCAUUUUCAGCGUCGUAUUCGCUUUCUCCUGUAACCUCUUGCAGCUCGUUCUCUUCGAGAUCAUCCCUGUGCUAUCUAGAGAGGCAAGGAUGGUUAACUGGAAGGUGGAUCUCUUUUGUUUGAUUGUCCUCCUUGUUUUCAUGUUACCUUAUUAUCAUUGCUAUUUGAUGCUUCGCAAUACUGGUGUAAGAAGGGAACGUGCUGCUGUUGGGGCCUUCUUAUUCUUGACAGCAUUCCUUUAUGCUUUCUGGCGCAUGGGAAUUCACUUUCCUAUGCCUUCACAAGACAGAGGAUUUUUUUCAAUGCCUCAACUGGUCAGCAGAAUUGGGGUCAUUGGUGUUACCCUCAUGGCCGUCUUAUCGGGUUUUGGAGCUGUAAAUUUACCCUACAGUUAUAUAUCGCUCUUCAUCAGGGAGAUUGAGGAAUCAGAAAUAAAAUCGUUGGAAAGGCAACUGAUGCAAUCAAUUGAGAGUUGCAUAGCUAAGAAGAAGAAAAUUAUUUUAUGUCAAGUGGAGGUGGAACGAAGUCAAGUAUCAGAAGAGAACCAAAAGGGCAAAUCUUUCUUUAGAAGAUUUGUCGGGACUGUUGUGCGGUCGGUUCAAGAUGACCAAAAGGAGCAAGAUAUAAAACUAAUGGAGGCGGAGGUGGAAGGUUUAGAAGAGCUGUCAAAGCAACUCUUCUUGGAAAUUUAUGAACUCCGCCAAGCAAAGGAUGCUGCUGCUUUUUCUCGAACUUGGAAGGGUCAUGUACAGAACUUACUUGGCUAUGCAUGUUCCAUUUACUGUGUUUAUAAGAUGUUAAAGUCUCUUCAAAGUGUUGUUUUCAAGGAGGCCGGAACUAAAGAUCCUGUCACAAUGAUGAUCAGCAUAUUCUUGCAGUUCUUUGAUAUAGGAGUAGAUGCGGCAUUGCUCUCACAGUAUAUUUCCCUGUUAUUUAUUGGGAUGUUGAUCGUGAUAUCAGUGAGGGGAUUCUUGACGAAUCUGAUGAAGUUCUUCUUUGCAGUCUCGAGAGUAGGAAGUGGAUCUUCAAGCAAUGUUGUGCUUUUCCUAUCCGAAAUAAUGGGAAUGUACUUUUUGUCUUCCAUUCUUCUUAUAAGAAAAAGCUUGAGAAAUGAAUACAGAGGGAUAAUAACAGAUGUACUAGGCGGAGAUAUUCAGUUCGAUUUCUAUCAUCGAUGGUUUGAUGCGAUCUUCGUGGCCAGCGCUUUUCUUUCUCUGCUUUUGCUCUCUGCGCACUACACAUCUCGUCAAAUUGAUAAGCACCCCAUUGAGUAA